AUGGGGAAAAUGGAUGUAAAGACAAAGACAAAGAUAAGGAUAAAGAUAAAAGAUACCCCCACGUCAAUUGUUUGUGAACCCUUAAAGGCAGCUGAAAUAUUGGAUAUGGCAGAUAUCAUGCUGGGAAAUGCUGGCCAUCCUGACGUUGUUCACAGUCAACACACGACCUUGCAAAUGGCAUCAUCUUUUUCCUCUUUCCCGUGCAUUUUCUUUCAGAAGUCAGAGGAGGUCUUUGUUAGGAUUAUUUCAUUCGCUUAG